CCCUAGUUCUGAGUAGAGCUGGCAACGCCGACAUUGUGCAACUCGAAAACGGCGUGAAAUACGUAUUAAACAGCAUUUAUUGGCAGAAAUCGGCGCAUAUAAUGACGGUAAACAAACGCGACGCGGGUGCCACGCGACCGCGGUGCUUCUUUGACAUUUCCCUGGGCGGCCUGGGCAUGGGCCGCAUUGUCUUCGAGCUCUUCAACGAUGUGGCGCCCAAAACGGCCGAAAAUUUCCGCGCACUCUGCACGGGCGAAAAGGGAUUUGGCCUAAUCACCGGCAAGAAGCUGCAGUACAAGGGUGUGAUAUUCCACCGGGUGGUCAAGGACUUCAUGGUCCAGGCGGGCGACUUCUCUGCGGGCAACGGCACCGGCGGCGAGUCCAUCUACGGCGGGACGUUCGAGGAUGAGAGCUUCGAAAAGAAGCACGAUCGUCCCUUCCUGCUGUCGAUGGCCAACCGGGGCAAGAACACAAAUGGCUCGCAGUUCUUUAUGUAAGUGCUCUCGACGGAGGACCGUAACCGGCUGGUCCGGACUAACGUGGCCGUAAAUUUAGUUUCAGUUCUGUUUCAGGCACCGAUAUUACAGCUAAACUCUCUUCGUCUUCUUUUUGAUCUAUACUUAAACCACUGUUGUUGUUCAUUAAUCUAUUGCCAUUUAGCCUUAGCCCGUGGGCGUUAAAGUGUGAGCUAGCGUCCCACUGACCAGCGGACAGAUGCAUCGCAAUCUGUCCUCCAUCGGCCGAUGCACCGCCAUCCCAGCAUCCCUAGUGCAUUUGGUCUGUGGGUCCAAAAACCAAGCGAAAGACGAUGCAGGUCUUUCAGCUCCAUGGUCUUUGGUCCCUGGGCCUGGGUCUCAGUGUGUGUCUCAAUCUCUCUCUCUCUCGCUGUCGGCUCCUUGUGGAUCUUUGCGGGAAUCUUGGGCUGGAUCCUCACGAUGGAUCUGCCAGAUGACAAUGUGCUGGCCAUGGCCAGCGGCAGCGGCUCUUGCGGUUGGUGGCUUGCCAAAAUCCUGUGUGCCACCUCUGCCUACACACCUAGAAACCUUUAAACUUUGUUGCACAUGACAUUGUCUCCGCCACAACCGACAACAAUAACAACAACAACAACUGAAACAACAACAACAACACCGAUUUCAACUACAACUGCCUACUGCAGCCCAACAACCAGUUAGCCAAAGUGUAAAGAAUAUUUUUCUCUUCUUCUGUUUCUCAUUGUAGUACAACACAGCCUGCGCCACAUUUGGACAAUAUCCAUGUUGUAUUCGGCCAAGUUAUAUCCGGUCAGGAGUUGGUGCGCCAAUUGGAGGGCUUGCCUGUCGAUCGGAACUCACGCCCGCUGCAGGAUGCAGCCAUUGCCAACUGCGGUGAACUAGUUAGACAGACAAAGGCCAAAAAGGAGAAGAAGCACAAGAGGCGCUCCACGGCCACCGAAGAUUCAAACAGCGAGGAAAGUGAGGCUGAAGCAAAGGUCGUGCGCAAGGCCAAGAAGAAAAAACGCAGCCGCAAAGAUACGAAGUCGCAAAGCGAUAGCGAAGACAAUGAAACAAGUCGCGGGAAUGGAAAACAUGACCAGACCCCGCAGGAUGAUGACGAGGACCGCGAGGAAGGCGAACUGCAUCCGCUGGUCACAAUUACAAAGAUAGAUCCUAACGAGAUACCAGAGGUAUCGAACAAAUUCCUAAUGCGCGCAGAGCGAUCAAAGUCGCUGGAUCGUGAGGAGCGUGGAGCACGCGGGCAGGAUCGUGAUCGAGGCAAAGAUCAGGAUCGAGACCGCAGCCGUAACAAUUUCGGUUGGUCAAAGAAGCAGGCACCGCCUACAUCGCGUAGUGGUCGCAUUGUCAAAGGACGCGGAGUGUUUCGCUUUCGCACCCCGUCGCGUAGUCGUUCGCGCAGCACUACGCCACCUCACUGGAAGCAUGCCCAGAAGCGCACCAUCAAGUUGUCCGACUUGGAGCGCAUUGAGGAGGAGAGCAAGAUGCGCGAGGAGGAGAUGAAGCGGCGCGAGCAUGAGAGAAAGCGUCGCCACGAGGAGGCCACAAAGAAUCCUAAGCAGUCCUUUUUCGAGCUAUCCCAUGCCAGCACUUACGGUGGCAAAAUAACUCCGGAUCGAUUCUCUCCAGAGCACAAAGCCAAGUCGAAGGACACCGCAGACCGCGGUAAAGCCAAGGAGAGAGAAAAGGCUGGCGAGAAGGAUAAGGCUAGGGAUGUGACUCCUGUAAAACGCCGCAAGUCGAUGGACAUGAACGCCUUGGACUACGAGCAGCAGACAGAAUCCGAAGUCGAGUCCGAGGACGAGGAGCAGUUGAAGGUGAAACCACCAAGCAAGCAGGAUAUCAGAGUGGAGCCAUCGACCAGCAAGGAUCGCAACGCGAAACGCGAUGAGCGCAAGCCCACCGAGGAGAAGGCCAAGCCAAAGCGCAGCCGUUCCCGGAGCCCUCGUCGCCAAUCUCCUGCUCGUCGUCAGCAACGCUCGCCUGCCCGACGUCCUGGCCAAAACUACAACCAAAACCAGAAUCAGAAUCAAAAUCAGAAUCAGAAUCAGAAUCAGCUUAAUCGUGGCAAUCGCCGAAAUCCCUUCGCGGACAGAGAUCGCCGCCGUCGCUCGCGCUCUCAGGAUAAUGAGUACCGCAAUCGUUACCCCCUGUCACCAAUCAGAGGAAGAGGCUCGCCCAGUGGAGACCGCCGGCGUCAGCAGCGCUCCCGCAGUCAGAACCGUAGGCAGGAUUCACCCAGCCAGAGGCGUCAGUUGUCGCCGGGCCGAAAACGUCAGGAUUCGCCGAGUAAGAAGCGUCCCAAUUCAACGGAAAGAAAGUGGCGUGACUCGCCUGAAAGAAAGCGAGACGAUUCACACGACAGGAAGCGGGAGGCUUCUCCCAACUGGAAGCGUGACGAUUCACCUGCAAGGAAGCGCAAGGACUCCGCCAAUAGAAAGCGGGAGGAUUCCCAAGACAAAAAGAUACAGGACAGCAAAAGGCAGGAGGAUUCUGCGGGUAAGAAACGAGAGGAUAGCCCGAGCAAAAAGCGAAAGGAUUCUGAUAAGAAGCGUCAGGAUUCUCCUGUGAAAAGACAAGAAUCGCCAGGCAGAAAGCGUCAGGACUCGCCGGAAAGGAAACGCAGGGACUCGCCUGACAGAAGGCGCAAGGAUUCACCGGCCAGACGACGCCAGGAAUCUUCUGGCAGAAGGCGCCAGGACUCCGAUGGCAGAAGACGCCGUGAAUCGUCCGGCAACAGGCGCAGUCGCAGCCGUGGACGUUGGCACAGUUCCUCGCGCAGUCGCAGUCCCUCAACUAGUCGCUCUCGCCGCCGUCGCUCGCGCAGUCCGCUGCCCAAGCUCACCUCCGCGCUGCCCAUGAGCGAGGAGCGCGAGAAGGCGGCCCGCGAGAAGAUGCAGAAGCGUGCGGAGGCCGCCAUGCUGAUGAAGGAGCACAUGCGCAACGAGAUCGCCAAGGAGGAGGAACGCCGCAUGGAGAAGCAGCGCCAGGACGACUUGGAUAAGGAGCGCACCACCCGCGAGCUCAACGAACUGGAGCGCCUGAAGGCCGAGACGCUCAGGAAGCUGCAUGAAGAGGAUUCCGUGGACCCGGAUGCGGCUGCAUCCGCCGGAAGUGCGUCCAAAACCGAUGCCACCAGCACCGGCGCCAAGAGCAAACGCGAUUCCAGCUCAGAGAAUCGGCAUCGCGAAAAGAAGCGCAAGCAUAAGAAGUCCAAAAAGUCCUCGGGUCGAUCCGAUAACGAUUAAAAAACUAAUCCUAGACUUUAGUUGAUAUACCCCAAACGGUGGCCGACCUGGUCAAGUUCCACCAGUUUCAGGUGGAACUUUCAAAUUGCAAUUGUAAAAAUCGCGACCCCCAAUUUUGUAGCCAAGUCUGUUUAAUAAAGGUAAACGUCACUGU